UGUGCCUGUCUUUGCCACUCAAUCCAAUUGCAGAUGCAAGCAGGAUUUCAGUGGUAAAAUCUGGAGUUAUUAUCUGCUUGUGAGGUGACAGAUGGGUGUGCUGUUGAACUGACCAUAUUCUCUUACUCUAGGCAAAAAUGACACUGUCCGAUGCUUUUCCUGUGGAGGAUGUAUGUGGAAAUGGGAGGAAGGUGAUGACCCAUUAGAAGAUCACACCAAGUUUUUUCCCAACUGUGUAUUUCUUCAAACCCUGAAGUCCUCAACAGAAGUGACUUCAGCCCUUCAAAGCCACUGCCCACUUCCAGAAGCCAUGGACCCCACAGGCGGAGGCCAUCAUGAGGGUGGAGCGGCAGCCCUCUCUCCUGGGGUCGAAGUUGCUCCAAGUGAAGCCCAGGGACGUGAAUGUCCAUCGAGCAGUGCCUGCCUCCUCCCCACAGACCUGGCUCAGAACGAAGCCCAGUGGCUUCAAGAGGCAAAGAGUCUGAGUGAGCAGCUGAGAGCAGCCUACACCAAAGCCACUUUCCGCCACAUGGAUUUGCCAGAGGUGUGUUCCGGCCUAGGCACUGACCACUUGCUCGGCUGUGAUCUGUCCAUCGUCUCGAAGCACAUCAGCCGGCCGGUGCAAGAGGCCUUGAUGCUCCCCGAGGUCUUCACCAGUCUCAACGCUGUCAUGUGUGUGCAGGGGGAAAUGGGCAGUGGGAAGACCACCCUCCUGAAGAAAACAGCCUUCCUCUGGGCAUCAGGGUGCUGUCCCCUGCUGAACAGGUUCCAGCUGGUCUUCUACAUCUCCCUUAGUUCCACCAGGCCAGACCAGGGACUGGCCAGCAUCAUCGGUGCCCAACUCCCCGAGGCAGAAGGAAGCAUUAGUGAAGUGUGCCUGAGCGGCAGCAUCCGGCACUUAAAGCACCAGGUGCUGUUCCUGCUGGAUGAUUUCAGUGGGAUGGACUCUCUGCCCCAAGCCAUAGCAACACUGAUUACAAACAACUACUUGUCACAGACCUGCUUAUUGAUCGCUGUCCAUACCAACAGGGCCAGGGCCAUCCGCCCAUACCUAGAUACAAUUCUAGAGAUCAAAGAUUUUCCCUUCUACAAUACUAUCUCUGUACUACGGAAGGUAUUCUCACACAAUAUUAUCUGUGUGCGAAGGUUUAUAAAUUACUUUGGCAUGAAUGAGGAUUUACAGGGAAUUCACAAAACCCCCCUCUUUAUGGCAGCAGUCUGUAUUGACUGGUUUCAAAAUCCUUCUGACCAGUCCUUUCAUGAUGUGGCAGUUUUCCAGUCCUAUAUGAAAUACCUUUUCUUAAAGCUCGAGGCUACAGCUGAGCCUCUCAAGGCCACUGUGUCCUCGUGUGGCCAGCUGGCCUUGAGAGGGCUUUUCUCGUCUUGCUUUGAGUUCAGUGGUGAGGACCUCACAGAAGCAGGAGUAGAUGAAGAUGAAGAUCUGAACACCUGCUUGAUGAGCAAAUUCACGGCCCAGAGACUGAGACCAGUCUAUCGCUUCUUAAGUCCUUUGUUCCAAGAGUUUCUUGCUGCCAUGAGGCUGACUGAACUCCUGGGUUCAGAAAGAGAGGAAGACCAAUGUCUGGGGCUUGAUUAUUUGAGACAAAUUAACUCUCCCUUGAAGGCUGUGAGUGUCUACAACAACUUUUUGAAGUAUGUCUCCAGCCACCCUUCAUCAAGGGCAGGGCCAAAAGUUGUGUCUCACUUGCUUCGGUUGGUGAGUGAUAAAGAGUCGCUGGAGGACAUGUCUGAAAAAGAGGAUCAUGGGAAGGUCCAUCCAGAAACUUCCGAGAGGAUGCAGAUUGUUAGGGGUUUGUGGCAGGUAUCUCCUGAAGCUUUCUCUUCGUUCGUCUCAGAAAAUUUACUGAAUAUUGCUCUAAAGUUUGCUUACAAAAGCAAUGCAGUUGCUGCGUGUUCUCCGUUUAUUUUGCAAUUCCUUCAAGGAAGAACACUGGCUUUGAAUGCACUGAAUUUACAGUACUUUGGGGACCACCCAGAAAGCCUGCUACAGUUGAGGAGUGUACAGGUCUCCAUAAGUGGAAAUAACAGAGUGAGGAGUAUAGAUUUUUCAUCCAUGGAAAAAUGUUUUGAGAAAGUCCAGCCACCAACUAUAGAUGAGGAGUAUGCAUCUGCCUUUCAAUCUGUUAAUGAAUGCGAGAAAAAUUUGUCUGAAAAAGAGGCUAUAAUAAAGAACUAUAUGGAUAUCCAGCACCAGGCCCCACCCAACAUCAGUGCUGGGUACUGGAAACUGUCACCCAAGCUGUACAAGAUCCCUAGGCUGGAAGUUGGAGUGGCCUACAUGGGUCCAGCAGACCAUGCACUGCUCCAGGUCCUGACGGAAGUCUUCUCAGCAUCGCAGGAUAUCGAGCUCCUGAUGCACAGCAGCGGCUUUCUGGAAAGCAUCCGCCCUGCUCUGGAGCUGAAUAAGACCUCUAUCACCAAGUGCUCCCUGUGCAGACUGAGGCUCAGCCAAGCAGAACAGCAGCUGCUUCUCUCCCUGCCUGCCCUGCGGUCUCUUGAGCUCUCAGGGAUAAACCAGUUUCCAGAUGAACUCUUCGCUCACUUGGACAAGUUCCCGAGCCUCAGAGAACUGUCUGUGAGAUUAGAUGGCCAACCAGGUGUGCUGUCUGUCAUCCCUGGAGACCUCCCUAACCUCCACCACAUGGAGAAGUUAUCCAUCCAAACUUCCACAGAGUCUGACCUCUCCAAACUGGUUAAAUUGAUUCAGAACUCUCCAAAUCUUCAUGCUUUCCACCUGGAAUGUGACUUCUUUUCGAAUUGUGAGUCUCUCAUGACCGUGCUUGCUUCCUGCAAGAAACUCAGAGAGAUUGAGUUUUCUGGACGAUGCUUCGAAACCAUACCAUUUGUCACCAUUUUGCCAAGUUUUGUUGCUCUGAAGAUACUGAAUCUCAAUCGCCAACAAUUUCCAGAUAAAGAAACCUCAGAAAAGUUUGGUAAGUUUAUAAAACAGCAUUUCUUAAUAUAUUCCUUAUCCUCCCCCUCCUCCUCCUCCUCUUCCAGUGAACCUACAACAAAGCAAGCUGUGAACCUGGAGAAAUUGCUGCUUCCCACUGGGGACGGGAUUCAGCAAGUGGCCAAACUGAUUGUCCAGCAGUGCCUGCAGCUUCCGUGUCUGCGAGUCCUUGCCUUUACAGAGACGUUGGAUGACGACAGCGUGGUGGAAAUCGCCAAGGGAGCAACCAGUGGAGGUUUUCAGAAACUUGAGACCUUAGAUCUUUCAAUGAAUCACAAGAUCACAGAGGAAGGGUACAGAAAUUUCUUUCAAGCCCUGGACAACCUGCCAAACUUGCAAAACCUGAAUGUUUCCAGGCAUCUCCCAGAAUGCAUCCAAGUGCAGGCCACCACGGUCAAGGCUCUGAGCCAGUGUGUGUCCCGACUGCCCAGCCUCACCAGGCUUGAGAUUCUCAGUUGGCUCCUGGAUGAAGAGGACAUGAAAGUGAUUAAUGCUGUGAAGGAAAGGCACCCUCAGUCCAAAUGCCUGAUUGUUCACUGGAGGUGGGUAGUGCCCUUCUCCCCGGUCCUUCAGAAGUGA